AUGCUAAAUAGGCAGAUCGGGGAUGAGCUGAAAAGCGCAGAGGGGAGAGACCAGCCACUGCCCACGUGCUGUGACCCAAGGGCCACCGGGGACCCUCCCCCGCCCUGGGGCGACCCCGCUCUGGGGCUCCAGCCCUCUCCACCACACCUCCGCCCCGCCUGGCGCACUGCCGGGUUUGCCCAAUUCCCCGGACCAGACCGAGCGGCCGCCGCGCUGAGGACACGCCGCCGGCUCCAGCCCAUUAGUCCGGGCUGCUCCCGACCCACCCCUACCCGUGGGGCUCUCGCGGGCCUGGCCGGAGGUCGCCAGCUGGGCAGGUGCAGCCGGGAGCAGCGCGCGCUCGUUUUGUCAGGAAGAAGUUUAAGUUGGAAGAUAACAUGCGAUGGCUGCCAUUCUGGGCCAUGCUCCUCCACAGCUGCGUCCCCAGAGCAAGAGGCUGCGCAUACAGAAAGCCACCUUCCCACUCACCGCUACGCACCCCACGACCGGCGCAGUGGUUUCUGCUUCUUUGUACCCCUGCCACUAAGAUGGUCUCUCCCUGCUGCCUGCACUCGGACAUCCCCUCCGCGCACACGUGCGCUGGCUACCCCUGGCCAUGGAUAUCAGCACCCGCUCCCCUGCUCUGCAGUCGAAUCUCCGCGGCCCUGGGUGCUAACCCUUUAUUCCAAAGCCUCUUGUUCCCUGUCGGGCGGGCGGGCUGUGGGAUUUGCAGGAUUUGGACCCCCGCUGGGCAGCUCAGGGUGCUUACUAGCAUAAAUAAACAAGCUUGCAUACUGAUUGGGUUUCGGUAGUUAGUUGCCACGCCCCACGCUGUUGGCUCCGCCCCCUGGUGCUGUUGCCCUCCUGUUGUGGCCUCAGCCCCGGGAGCCAGCGCUGGAUGAGCAGUGAUUGUCUCCUAAAGAACUCCCACACUUGUUAAGUUCAAUGCCCUGCGAUGUUGCCAUCCGCUCCAGGGAUCUCCGACUCUAUCCUUGACCCUAGCCCCGCAGUGAUCCCAUCCAGGUGCACUCAAGGGGCUGAGAUGAAUCCGAAUGGAUCCCAGAUCUGGGGGACCUCAGACAGGACAGAGGAGCGAUGAGAGGGCACAGUGCAAGGCCUGGCCCAGGAUGCUGCAGAAAUGGGCUAGGGAGAGCUUCUCGAGGGUCCAGACAGUUUGUUUAACCCAUCUUCACGACAGCCCUGAGGUAGGGUUAUACUCAUUUUACAGAUAAAUAAUAAUACAUUGGAGUUGAGAGAUUAAGUGCUCUUUCACCAUGACAGAGCAAGAAUUUGACACUAGGUCGGCUCAAUGCCAAAGCUUGUCUUAACCUCCAUAUUUUAAGGGAAUCUUGAAAAGGAAGCAAUGUGAGCAAGUAGAGGAGGAGACCACAGAAAAACGUCGUGUUUCUGGAGCACUGAGCUCUGUACACGAAGAGGUGAGGGGAGGCUGGAGAGGUUGCUGGGGAUC